AUGCCUCGGACUUACAUAAGAAAGAAAAUUAAAUCAUACACUCCACAAGAUUUAGCUCAAGCGAUCGCAAAGGUAAAAAAUGGAGAACUUACGCAAUAUAGAGCAGCGCAAGAGUACAAAAUUCCAAUGACGACUCUUCAUGAAAACUUAAAAAAAGGUAAAGAAACUACCAGACCAAAUGCAGGCAGACCAACCGUUAUACGCCUAGAAGAUGAGAAAAAAUUAGCAGAAACUGUCAGAAUUAUGAAAAAAUGGGGAUAUGAUCUGUCUAGGUUUGAAAUUAUGGAGCUUGUCGCUGAAUAUGUGCGGGUGAAUAAGAUUCAAACACCAUUUAAAAAUAGUGUCCCAGGCACAGACUGGUUUACUAAUUUCCGGAAACGACAUAGAUUAUCAAUUAAAAAAGCACAGCCUGUAGAAUUUGUAAGAAGAAAAAUGACAGAUCCAUUCGUCAUAGGUGAAUAUUUCAAUUUGCUCGAAAAUACUUUAAAAGAUUUGGAUCUUUUUGAAAGUCCCCAACUCAUUUGGAACUUAGAUGAAACGUCGUUAUGCUUGGAUCCAUCCAGAACUAAAGUAUGUUGA